AUGUCACACAAAUUGAUUGCUUUUUUUGUUAUUUGUUUGGUUGCAAUUGUUUCAUCAGUUGAAUUGGAUAUUCAUAUCAAUUUAGAUCCAACAACUAAUGAGGUUGCAAUUGAUUAUAAUAAUUUGUUACAUAAAUAUGCUCCAAAUGAUCAAGUUUUCCUUGGUUCAAAAUCAAUUCCACAUAUUACAUUAUAUUUAACUGAUUUCGUUCAAGAACAAAUACCAUUAGUUCAAAAUGGAAUUUCACAAAUCUUCCCAUUACUAAAUCAAGCAGGUAAAAAUUGUUUAGUUCAAAUGACAACAAUUGAUAUUUCAGCACAAUAUGGUAUGUGGUUAGUACAAAAUAAUCAAUGUUUACAAUAUUUAUCAGAUUUGGUUGUAAAUAAUACUUUUCAAUAUAUCACACCAAAUCAAACUAUCCCAGAUUGGGUUUAUUCAUUACCAGAACCAUUAAGAGAUGAAAAAAUUGCAAUGAUUAAAAAAUAUGGUUCUCCAAACGUUUUUGAUCAAUUUCAACCACAUGUCACAUUAGCAUGGGAUGAAAUUGAUAAUUUGACAAUUGCAUUUAAUCAAGUCGAUGUUCAACCAACUAGUUUUUAUUCACCAAGUAUUGGUAUUGGUAAUACAGGUCCAUAUGGUACAGUUUUAGAUAAUUAUUAUGGAACUUUCAAUUUUAGUAAUAAUAAUAAAAAUAAUAAUAAUAAAAGGAGAAUUAAAUAG